CUUAGGUAUAAGUAAUCCUAUCAAUUGAAUACUUCACAUUCAAGCUAGUAUUGACUGCUCCAACAAUUAAGACUGUGGCAGCUGGUUGACACAUAAUGCGAGUUGGUUAACCAUGGAGCACUCGUGGAAGAUAAGGCUAGAGCUGUAUCCCAGACACACCGACGCUUAUCGAGACUUAUUCCUUAAGCACCCUAUCGGAAUUUUGCUAGUGGAGAAGAGCUUUCCAGUAGACCCCCUGAAGUUCCAGCCGAACCGGGACCGCUCGAACAGGACCAAUGUGCGCCACUACUAUCACGAUACAUUCCAGACGGAUAGCAAGGGUGUCGAGUCCGAACGCGUCUUCUGCUCGACUGUUGAGGACGUCAUGGACCACAUGAAGUCUCUCAUUCAACUCCUCAAAGCGCCAGGCGACGACAUCCUAGAUGCCAUUACCAAGCUUGGCAUUAUCGGCGACGUAUCUUAUGACAUUGGCACCAACAUGGUGACCUGGAAACUUUCAUACCACUGCGACGUGACGCAGUGCCCUGCAGCUCCCAACACCCAAGCCACACCAGCGACCGGGCCACAAUUCCCUGUCCGCAUCGGCGCCGGCCAGGAAGUGCUGGAGGAGCCAGGCGCCGGUGCUGGCCCGGGGCCCAGCAGCGCUGCUGCAGAAGGCGCGUUGCCACGGCUGGCAUUGGAGGAGCUGUUAAUCUCUCUGGAGGUGACGAUGAAGGAGAUGAUGAAGGAGACGGUAAAGGAGAACAACAAGAUGAUGGAGACGGUAAAGGAGAACAACAAGACGAUGAAGGAGACGGUAAAGGAGAACAACAAGACGAUGAAGGAGAUGGUAAAGGAGAACAACAAGACGAUGAAGUUGGUGGUGAAGGAGAUGAAGGACCUCAUGCGGUCAUGUUCCAGAAUGGAGGUCACUGCGUCGUCCUGCUCGUCAAGCGUGUGCAAACGGAUUGAGGAGGAGGUGGGCGUGCGGUGGAACUACAUCACAGGCGUCCACGCGCCGUGCUGCAGCGGUUAUGAGCCCUGGCCUGCGCAGUCCAAGUUCAACUGGAUCGGUAACCAUGAGGACUCGAAGGAGAACGUCACGGGAGCGGUGCAUUACCUGCAGAGCAUUGCCCCUAAAGGCGUCGUGGUCCUACCCGUGCAGAGCAUCGAGUGGCUGAUUGCUACGGUGGACCUCGGCAGCAUUGACGCCGUAAUAAAGUCAUCGAAGACGGACUACGUCUUCAUCCCCGAGGCGGCGUGGGCGAAGUGUAAGAAGGACUUUGGUGCGAAGCUGGUCGAUGGGUGGAAGCUGAGCGUCGAGCGUGGCACAACGACCGAUGCGCUACGGUCUAUGAUUGGCUCAAUCAUAGGCCUUUACGAGGCCAAGACCGAGAGACGCCUGAACGACGGGCUGCGUCGUGUGCGCGCCCAGGCGCUGCUCGAGUACCUGGCGGUCAACCACAUGAAGGACUGGCCCACAAAUGACGUAAUCGUGCUGUUUGGCGACCUCAACACACACUACGUGGUGCACGCCGGCCGCAAGGACGCUGGCAAGAGCAAGAGGUCUAUUCACGUGGCGAGCCCGGCCCUACUCCCUGCUGUAGCGGAACACGCACCCGCUAUGGCGGCGGACAGCAGCUCGGAGAGCGUGACGCUCGGCUUCAUACGGGCCCUGCUGGGCACGCGCCGGACUGAGGAGGCCGGCAGCCCCGGGGAAGGCGCCGCUAACAGCCGCGGAGGAGAUGCCAGCGGCACCGGGGAAGGCGCCAGCGGCACCGGGGAAGGCGCCAGCGGCACCGGGGAAGGCGCCAGCGGACACGGGAGAGGUGCCAGCAGCAGCGGGGGAGGGGCCAGCGGCAGUGGAGACGCGGGAUCCAGCGGCGGCAGCAACGACGCGCACGGCGGCGCAGGGGCUGGCAGCGGCGGCGGGGAAGGGUCUUGUAGCAGCGGCGCGGACAGCUCGGACGGCGGCAGAGGGAGCUUUGACGGGGACGAGGGGCUGCUGGAGGCGGCGCGAGAGAACGCGUACGCGCAGGCCUACAUGUCGCUGCUGCGGCUGCCCGAGGUGUACGAGCCGUUGGGGCUCAGGGAGCCGCCCACCUCUUUCCGACCCGCGACCAAGGAGGAGUACCUUGCAAGGUUUCGGCCCUUGUAGAGGCAGGGCACCGGCAUUGCGCUCCCCCAAGGCACGGCGUAUUGUCAAGCUGCGCCGUCCUGCCGCCGCCACCUACCGCGCCGCAGCUGGCAGCAGCGGGGGCGGAGCGGCGGUCAGGCUGGGUGGUGGUGGGCCGUUGGUGGGCUCAGAGCUGUGGCGGGCCGAUGCCUGUGGCCGCGGCUGCGAUGGGCAGGUGCUGGGGGGUGGGCCGGAGGCCAGGCCAAGGGGAGGGCUGGAGGGGCGGUGGUGAAGACUGAGCCGCCAGGGCGGGUUUGGAGCAGGCAACACUGUGAGAGGAGGGUGUAGCGACAGGGGCUGCGCUGCCUGGCGUGUCACCUGUACGACCGCUCCCUGCGGCCGUCUGAUUGCUGACAGCAACGGGGGAGGCAGGGAAGGGCAGCAGAAAGCAUGGGCAACAUGCAGGAGCGGCAGGUCGGCAGACAUGCGGCUGUAGCCACCGCCCUCCGCAGAGGGAGCCAUGCGCAUGUCCAAACAUGCAGAGCAGGGAGGGUUUGGGCUGAGCCCCAGGGGCGCGUCACCAGUCUCUACCGUUACGGGUGCUGCCGUUGCUGGAAAUCUGUUCCUGGGCCCAGCGGCUUGGGGCGGGCGAUCUACGGGCGGCCCGUUGUACCCAUGGGUCACCCCACCCGCGUGUGCGACGGCGGGAACAAUUGAACGUUUUUUAUUUUGUGCGAACGGUGCAGCAGACGGGGUUGCCCAGCCUGGUUGGAAGGCAUUUCCUGUGUUUGGGUCACGCAAAUGUCAAAAUAUGUCCGUAAUCAUGGCUGUCGAGUAUACUCCGCGCAGCCUCGGUUUCUAUUGUGGGCUCGUGCCUGCAGCAGCAGCCGCGCGUGGCGGCUGCGGCCGCGUGCACACUUGCAGCGGCGCGCAGCCUCGGUUUCUACUGUGGGCUCGGGCAGCCGCCGUGGUGUUGCUUGCGGCAGAAGUGUGUGGCGGCUGCGGCCGUUUUCACACUUGCAGCGGCGCGCAGCCUCAAUUUCUCAGGUGCCAAUGCACUGAAGGGUGGCCUUGAGUUAUCCUUGAGGCCUGUGUUAUCACUGUGGGCCAGGGUGGUCUCAGGGCCACUGCGUUGCCCCUGGUUCUGAGUGGAUGGUCUAACUACCUCCUGGCUGCAGCGCUGACUGUCACCGUGCUGUUGGUCAGCGACUGUGCUUUGACUGUACUGGGGGACGGCUGAACGGAUACGAAGCACCUUGCUUAACAGUAACCGUUGGCACAGGCCAAGUACCUGGCUCUACUCGUCGUUCUGGCGCACGUGGUGUUGCGCUAUACGAGCUGUGUAAACUGCAUGCUAACCUAGUUUUCCCUGCCUUCUGAUACC